AUGCGGCAGCGUUUUGCGAGCUUUCACCGUGCACGGGCCCCAAGUGACCUGCCUGAUGUGGUUCUGGUGCUGGGUGGCACAAACGACCUCAGCCAGGUGCCGGUGACAGCCACGAUUUCCAACAUACAGGCCAUGCACGAGCUUGCUGCCUCCUGGGGCGCCAUCGUCGGGGUGCUUGCUUUGCCGCGUUUCGUCAAUCCCAAGGUGGGUUCGGCUAGAAAGCUCUAUGCGGUGAACGAUGCCCUGGCCGAGCUUGAGCAAAACUACCGCUUUCCUUCCUUCUUCGUGAACUUAACGGAAGUCUCGUCCAGGCAUCUGUACGACGGUCUGCACUUCACAUCGGAUGGGUACCUGAUCAUGGCAGAGAUGAUUGCACAGAAAGUCUGGCACUGGCUGUAA